UGUACGUGCUCCUCUUCUCUCGAGUUCUGGUCGCAUUGACCGCGGUUCGUAGUCGCGCUCUCGCGAUCUCCUUGCGGAAGGUGCAUGCGUGCGCGCGCGCGCACGGUCCUCGUAAUAGAAGGCCGAUAUGGAAAAUGAUCGGACGAUACGAGAGAUCGUGCUGCUACGGAUUCAUCUUAAACGACGUGAAUUCUUCAACGAGUAAUAUACAAGAUCGUCGAGGAGAAGGUGCUCAGGAUGAGCGGCUCUCAGCAAGAAAAUGCGGCGACCAUCGUCUGCAGGGAGGUUUUCGACGAGACUUCUCACCCCUCCAACGAAGAGGUACUGGAUUAUGCCAAGAGACUCGGAAUCGACCCAGAUACCGAAGCACAUUUACUCCCUCUGGCACGCGAAGGACUUAUGGCUGCCCUUCCAAAGGGCUGGAUACCAUGUUACCACGAAACCAGUGGUGCUUGGUAUUAUUAUCAAGCUUCUACCAGCACAACCACAUGGGAACAUCCCUUAGAUUCAGUAUAUAGGGAACUCGUCGAUCAAGUCAGAAGUGGUAAUCGACAGAUGAGCGUUGAGGAAGACUCGAAGACAACCGCGAAAGAUUUGGAGUCCCACGAGGAGGCAACUUUGCCUAAGGAAGGAAAUAUCUCGCGAGAAAAUACAAUCUUGAAAACGAAGAUCCCGACAAAGUUGGCACCAUUGAGAAAGAUCGAUAGAAGUCAGGAUGGAAGGAAGAAAGAAGAGAGAAUUCGUUCUCGACGAGAGAGCGAUACCAAAUCGGAUAUUAUCUCUUCCUUGUCGACCGAUCGAGCAGCCAGAGAUUAUACGAAUCUUAAGUUCCAAGAUCCUAACUUUUACGAAUGUCCUAAAUUGUUAGACAACGUUAGUAUGGCUGGUAGCACGGAGACUACUCCGAUCACUACGCCUAAGAAAGAAUUGGAUUUGAAGGAAGUACUGAAAAGAUCCGAGUCACUUAGUCCAAGACACGAGAAAGAUUGGGAACAACUUUCUAGUAAGUUUAGUUCGGAAGAGAACAUCAUUGAUAUCGAUAAGCUCAGCGCCAGUGCUCUGGCCAGAUCUGAAAGGACUGAGAAAUUCGACAAGGAGAAACAUCCGAGCCAGUUGGGCCAACAAAAGGAAUUAACAUUAAGCGGAGGUGGUUCGAUGUUUCUAAAGAGUAAUCGCAGCAGAGAUACCACACCUAGUCAAGACAGUGCUAAAUUAGAGGAUUUCCGUGUCGGUGCUGAAGUCGUUGUCCCGGAUGCACUCAAGUCCAUUUUGAGAGAGAAACAAUCGGAGGAUGACGAGAGGCCGUUGGACGAGGAACGGAAGAGUGUACGAUUCGAUCUUGAGAAAGAAGUCGACAUUAAGUUCACUUAUUCUGGAUCGGAAGACGAAUGGGAUUCCGGAUCGGAAGAACAAAAUCCACCUAUCUCGGCCACUACUACGGUUGAUCGUCAGUCGACAGGCUCGGAAACGUCGGCUUGGAAAACGACUGCUCGUUCUUUCGACGAAGACAACAAAGUUGACGUCGAAGAGACUAACGUGAGAAAGAGUACGCUCUUUACCAAACUACAACCUUUACCAAAGAGUAGCAAAAUCGUUGGGAAGAGAUUCGUCGUUAGAAACGUUUCCGAAAGCGAGCAUCGUACUCAAAUGAAUGCGAACGAGACGUCGUCUAUCAAAGUUGAAGAAAUCGAACAGAACGUUCAAAACAGUAGCAACAAGUUCGAGAAUAUUAAAAAUAUCGACGUGAUAUCAAAAAGCGAGACAGAGUCGAGUAUAACAAGAAAUACGGACUCGACUAGCGUACCAGAAAAAACGUGGAAGACUACUGUUAGGCUACGCAAAAAUAGUGUAAAUGGGAGUUUUGAUCUCGCUAGGAUCGAACGAGAACUUGAGAGUUCUCAUCGUCCUGGGAAAUCCAAACUUGAACAUUCGAGAAGCUUCGAGGAUACGAAAAUGAAUUUAACCAAGGAACAUGAAAAAGAAAUGGAAGCUUUGAAGAAAGAGUUUGAAGAAAAACUUGAACAAGCUAGAAAAGAAUUCGAAGAGAACCUUCGGGUUAAGAAAGAAUCCCUUAGGCGUAACUUUGAAGAGAAAUUGAUUGAAUUUAAACGAGAAAUGGCUGAGAAGGAGGAACAAGAAAUACAAAAAUUGAUAGCAGGAAUGGACGAAUCAAGAGCGGAAAAUUUGAAGAAGGUUAGAGAAGAAUUAGAAGUUUGUUACGAGAAAGAACGUUUAGAGAUAUUAACCAGCUUAAAAACCGAACUGAAUGAAAGAAAACGCGAACUUCUCGAGUUAAGAAAUCAAGAAAUGGAGAAGCUCGAGAGCGAGCAUGAACGUGAUCUCGGUGAAGAAAAACUUGCGAAGUUGAACGAGUUUGAGUUGAAUAAGCAACAGAGUGAAAGAAUCGAGGCAUUGAAAAAGGAACUGGAUAAGGAGUUUGAUGAUGUCAGAACUGAACUAAGAAUGCAGCAGAGGGAGAAAAUAACAAAACUUACGGAGGAACACGACAAGUGUCUUGCCGAGAUCCUGCGUGACUUUAGAAUCGACGAGGGUCUUGCUCGUAAGAUGUACAAACAACGGUUAGAGGAAAUCCGUGCUGAUUUUUCUCGAGACGUUGAAAAGGAAGCUAGAAAGCAGACCGAACUUGCCAUUCAACAAGAGUGUAUGGACUUCGAGAAGAUGCGUUGCGAGAAACGUCUACUGCAGGACAAGUAUAUGGCCUUGAAAGAGAAAUACAUGAAGUUGAAGAACGAUGUAAGGCUAACCGUUGAGAGAAGGAAUAAGAGCAGAGGUGGAUACACCACAGCAUCGGAAACGGAGAGAUCGAAAACUGAGAAGACUGAUUCGUCCGAUCAAAAUACCCCGCUGAGGAGCACACAUUCAACGAAUUCCGUGGCAAACGCUAAACCGACAGAAGUAGUAGCUCGGACAGCAACAAACGAGAAGAGUCAGAGCUUAAACGAAAGCGAGGAUUCGAAAAGCGCGGCCAAAAGCAGCCAGGGGUUUCGAGGUGUUGUUUCCACCAAUAGCGUGCCUUCUUCGAAGAACGCCGCGAAAUUUGAAUCCGACGACACUACUACAGCGAGUGAAACGAAUGCGAACACAAUGAGAAGACGUAAAAGUCUUGGAAGAAAGACUAUUUCUAAUAGCAAACAACAAAACGCUACUCCUAAUACCACAGGCAACAACAAUAACAACAAUAAUCUCGAUAAUCCCGUAGAAAAUAUCAGAAAACAAUUGGAGAAGCUUGAACAUCUUGGCGAUCAAUUGCCAAGCAACGAAACGGCCUACACGCUUCGAUAUCCUUUCCAGGAUAAAGCACCAGCGAAUGCCUCCUCGGAGUUAGAAUUCUUUCGGCAUCGGAUACACGUGGAAAGGGAUUCAGUAAGAAGGGCUAGAGAAGCAUUGAAACAACAGAGGAAUGCUUUUCAGGGUAGACAGAGAGCUUUGAAACAACGAAGUGCUAGAGCUACGUUAGAACAGCUAGUCCAGGAAGAACGUGAACUCUCCGACAUGGAAGUCAGCUUACAUCGUACUAGAAGUCUUUUAGGCGAGAAAGUCAUUCAUUUGAGACACUUGGAACAGUCUUUAGAAAGAGUAGCAAAUGCUAAAAGAAACGAAAAUGAUGCUACGUCGACAAAGAAUGACGAGUUGACCUUAAGCGACAUGUCCAGCGCCAGUAGCGGCUUCAGUUCGACAGAUAUUGGAACUGAUACUUUUAUAGAUAAGCCAGAUCAUUAUCAAGAGUCAACAGAGAUAAUCGCUAAUUUAGAGAAUCUCAACUCUGAGAUACGUGAGAUUUGGAGUGUCCUGAAUAAACGUCAAGAUAGCAAUAUUCCACCACCACCGACUUUGAUGUAUUCCUAUUUAAGAUGGUUACGUCUUCAUCCUCUCACUGCUUCAACGACCAAUAUACAAGGAACCUUUGGCACUCCGAACAUCCAAUCAAAUAUCUUGUCUCAAUUGACCGCAGCGCAACCACCAACAACAACAACUACUCAAAACAUAAUCGCUCAAUAUGGUCCUAAUAGUGGGUUCACCACAAGCGUUGGAAACACCGUUGAAAAGAGUUCUUCAAAUUUGGCUGAUAGAACUCGAAAUCUCAGGGAUUGGUUAAGACAAGCUCGUGUCGAGACAACCGACAUGAUUGGCCCUGGACAAGCAACCCUCUAAAGAAGAAGAAAUCUUAUUUCACGAAAACAAACAUACUUCUUCCUCGUAUAUCUCUUAUCCGUAGCUGUGAAAUUCUUACUUCGAUAUCGUUUUCGAAAAAUGUUGUUGCUGAUUAGUUCCUCGACUAUUUCGCUAAUCGAAUCUCUUGAAUUAGACGACGAAUUAGACGAUUUACUUGAAUUAAGUUAGAGAAAGGGUGAACGAUACUAUUUUAUGAUUGAAAUAGUUCUGACACAAACACACACAUAUGCAGACAGAUAUAAACAGACUAACUUAUCCGAUAAAAUAGUAUGAUGUGAAUCUUCGACAAAGCGUGAUCGCGUCGAUCGUUUCUUAAAGUCAUCAAUAUGGAACAUAGUUGAGAGCGUAAUCACGUUUUUAAUUCCGAUUGAACGACGAUUUGGAAAGGGAGAUAUACGCUGUUAAGUGCAUUAUAUUUUAUGAUGAUACUUCUCUAUUAUAAUUCUAGUCGACAUUUAAAAAAAAAAAAGAAAGAAAAGGAGGCUGUAAAUACCAAUAUUUUCGAUACUAUUUCAAUCCUGAAAUAGAGCCUUAACCACCCAUUAAAUAUGUCACUGUAAUACACUGUAUGAAUGUAACGUUUGUAUCAUUUACUUAUCAGUAUACAUAUAUAUAUGUAUAUAUAUAUAUAUAUAUAUAUAUAUAUAUAUAUAUAUACAUGUAUAUAUAUAUAUACAUAUGUAUACAUAUAUAACGAAUUUAGCUCCUAGAGUUCACUGCUGCUACUACCUCAGUCGUGAAUCUUAAGUCUUUUGACUAUCGUACGAACGUGGGUGUGCCGAUUAUUAUUAUUAUCCUAUACAAAAUAAUUUUCACAAUCUCUUUCAUGUUAUCGAAUCAACGAUUUAGAAUCGCGACGUAAAAAGUGUGGAAUUAUUCUGAUAUACUUUGUGGCAGGAAUUUUCGAAUUAUUCUUAUGAUUCCUUUCACCCUCAAAGAUUUUUUAUAGAUAAAGAUAUUACUUUGAAAGACGACCUUUUUAUAAUUGGAAACAUAUAUUACAUAUAUAUAUAUAUAUGUUUCUUCAGAUAUACGCCUCUUGCGUAUAGCAAUCUGCUCUAUGUAAUAUUUUACAAGUCACAUUUUUGGAGAAUCCAUUUUUCGUGUAACACGUACGAUCUCUCGUAAGAAUGUAGAUAUUACGAUACAUAUGUACGAAGAGUCAAGGACAAAAGUCAAUUACUUUUUAAAUAUGUUCUUUCUUUUUUUUUCGUUCGUUAUCAUUCAUGCGAUAAUUUAAUAUAAUUACGUGUAAGAUCAGAAAAAAACAAGUGCCUGGUUUGUUUGAUUUAACGAGAAAAAUUUUUCAAAUAAUUAAAAAUGAAAAUCAAUUCAAAUUGACUUUAGUUCUUGGUUGCUCGUAUUAAUUGUUCUAACAAAUUUCUAUGCCCAUUUACUUGUAAAUAGAAAUCUUCUCGAAAUGAUAAAUGAUCGAUCAAAACUUUGUCACGAUCUAACGAAUCUUUUUCCAAUAGUCUCGUUGUGUAUAUAUAUUUUUAUGAUCGAAUCAUUCUCAGUAUAUUGUUGUAUGUAUAAUAUACAUAUAUACAUAUAUAUAUGUAUGUGUGUGUACGUAAGAGAGAGAGAGAGAGAGAGUGAGUCAGACGGUUUUGCAAGUUAAAAAAAUCCUUUUAUUUAUUCGAUCGUUCGAUUUUUGGUAUCGUUCGUAUUUGAGAAAUCUAUUCGAUGUUUUUUUAAUUAUAAAUUAUUAGUGAAAAAAUAAAACGAAAUGAGGGAUAUGUUAUAAGUAUGAUCAAAAAGAAUCAAACAUAUAUAUACUCGUAGAUAUCUUUUUUAUACCCAUAACUUGUUUGUAUAAAUAUCGAAAUGAUUUCUUUUCGAACGUAAAUAUCAAUCAAAUCGCCUAAUUGAACGCGAAUCGAUUAUAUCUCAGGUACGAAAAAAUAUCGUUUCGUUAAAAAUCAUAAAAUUAAUACGUAAAUAUAUAUAUACUUUGAUCAACGUCCCUCGCAAUAUAUAUAUAUAUAUAUAUAUAUAUAUAUAUAUAUAUAAAUAUAUCUUACUGAUUGAUCGUUCUAUUAAAAAAGAACGUUACAUUAUAUUCCGAACAUAAUAAUUAAUCAAAGCACGUCUCUCAAUUGCCAAAUCAUAGCGACUAGAAAAACUAAUAAUAAUAUAUCAGUUUAACGUUUUAAUCGUUUAAAAAAAAAAUAAAACAACCAUAACACGAAAUAUAAAAGAGAAAUUAAUCCAAGUAUUAAUAUUGCCAAAUGUUUUUUCAAUUUGAUUGAGUCUUCGAUUGAGAUUAUACGGUGACUAACUUUCGAUAUACUGAUUAGAUUUUGAGAUUAGAAAGUUUCAUAGUGCAAACCUAAGAUGCGUAGAUCCUAGGUCACAAUAAUCGAGAUCUCAUUAAAAAUAUGUAAUGCGUAAUGUAAUUAGGAAUCUUACACUUUGGAGCGAUGAUAAUUAUUAACGGUUAAUAAGAAACUGAUUAGAUAAAGAAAAGAGAGAGCGAGAGAGAGAAAGAGAGAGAGAGAGAAUAAUAAGGAAGUAUAAAAGAAAAAAAAUUCUUUCUAGUCAAAAUAUCUAAUGAUUUCUAUGUCGUUUGUAUGUAUGUUUAUAUUUCGUAUAAAUUAAACAACGACCGAAUUAGAAUGCUUUGUAACAUAUAUAUCAUUUAGUAUCUCAACUUCAAAGUAUAGUUCUUCAUAUCAGUGCCGUCCUUAGUAUUUCUUAUGUUCAUCUUAUUUAUAUAAGUAUAAGCAAUUGGAUUAGGAUUAUUAGAACUUUAUUUUAAAUAUGCAAAGAUUAUUAAAACAAAACAAAAAUUAAGAUCUACGUAUCGAUAUUAUUUAAAUUUCGACAGUAAAAGCACAGUUUUGAUGUGACAAAUCCUCUUGACAUCUGAAUCGAUGAAAAAUUCUGUACAAAGUGAAUAUGAAACAUUAGCGUCCGUAAGAGAAUGAAGUAAACAAAAAAAUAAUAAUAGA